AUGCCACGUCCUUACACCAGGCUAUUCGCUCGGCGAUCAUGGAUCUGCAUUCAAUGUAGAGCCCAUUCAUCCGUUGGCGCGCAAGCUCGUAAGGGCAAGACCAACCUCCCAGAUGCACCUGCGCGCACGCGUUUUGCGCCCUCACCGACCGGUUACCUCCACCUUGGAUCCUUGCGGACCGCUUUAUUCAAUUACCUGCUCGCGAAACGAACCGGUGGCCAAUUUCUGCUACGGAUUGAAGAUACCGACCAGAAACGAACAAUUCCUGGAGCGGAACAAAGAUUGUAUGAUGACUUACGGUGGGCAGGACUUCACUGGGAUGAGGGACCUGUUGUCGGUGGCCCAUACGGACCUUAUAGACAAUCUGAGCGAACCGCCUUGUACCGAUCUCACGCCGACGAUCUGAUCUCUAAUGGCCAUGCCUACCGAUGUUUCUGUUCCUCCGAAAGACUCGAUUCCCAUGCCCGCCACCGAAGCUCUGCAGGUUUACCUCCAGGCUACGAUCGUAAAUGCGCUGAUAUUUCCUCGGAAGAGUCGCACGAUCGGGCCCAUAAGGGCGAGGCACAUGUCAUUCGGUUGAAGGUCGAGGGAUACCCCAUGUUUAACGAUCUGGUUUACGGCAAGACGGGUCAGAAUAAGCCCAACAACAACAAAAUGGAUUUCAUUGAUCGCGUAUAUGAUGAUCCGAUCUUGAUCAAGUCGGAUGGCCACCCAACAUAUCAUUUGGCAAAUGUGGUGGAUGACCAUUGCAUGGAGAUUACACAUGUUAUUCGGGGCACUGAAUGGAUGCCCUCUACCCCUAUGCAUAUGGCAUUGUAUAAUGCAUUCAAGUGGACUCCACCGCGUUUCGGCCAUGUUCCUCUUCUAGUGGACAAGUCUGGACAGAAACUGAGCAAGCGAAACGCAGACAUUGACCUCUCUUCAUUCAAGGAUCAGCAGGGUAUCUUCGCAGCUACAUUGGUCAACUUUGCUUCUCUUCUGGGCUGGUCUCAUCUACAAAAGUCCGACAUUUUCGACUUGAGCGAACUUGAGCAGAUUUUCAAUCUGAAAAUCACCCGAGGCAAUACAAUUGUUGCUUUUGAGAAACUCUGGUUCCUUCAAAAAGCGCAUGCCCAGCGGUUCGCAGCAACUGGAGGUCCCGAUUUCGACGAGAUGGUCAACAGAGUAUGCAACGACGUCAAAGAAAGCCACUCUGAAGAAACCCUUGCUCCCCUCCUCAAGGGUCGCACUCUUGCCGAGUAUGUCGCUCCCCUGCUCUGCGCCGACGCCAAAUCCUAUACGACUGCGCCGGAAUUCAAGGAGCGCAACUCGACAUUCUUCACCACCAAGAUCGAUCGGGCUCCUUACGAACCAACAUCAAGUUCUAAGGCCCCCUCACCACCUUCAGUUCCGAUGCAAGCCCUGCAUACCGCUGCUGCUGCUUUAACCCUCGUCCCACCCAGUCAUUGGACGAUUGAAACUCACCGUUUCAACGUCAACUCCUAUGAUGGCUCUGAUGCUGUCAUCCUCUCAUCUGAGACAACCGGUUCAACGGAUAAGAUCUUCAAGAAGGAACUCUACCACUACCUUCGUUGGGCCUUGUCUGCCUCCGCGCCCGGUCCAGGUAUCCCAGAGACGAUGACUAUCCUCGGAAGGGAUGAGACUGUUCGCAGAAUCCAGGAUGCUAAGGCUUUGACACAAGAUCUUGUUCCUUUUGUGGGUAGACGGGUACCCAAGGGUAAGCAGAGCAUGGGUGAUGAUAGAAGCUGGAUGGGUACUCUUGCUGGUGGGCAAUAG